GGAGUCUGACGUCACUCCUGUUCAGUAAGCGUCACCGCGGGGUUCGGAGGCUAACACGUGAAUAACACGCGAGUAACGGGUGGUUUUUAACAAAGCGAACACAUUUUACUGUAGACCACACGCGUAUUCGACUGACAACACAGGUCUUCGGACUAAAGACGACAUCUUUCAGGAUCGAAAACCUGAGGAGAAGCUUUCACGAAGCCUCCUGCAAAGUUCGCAAGCUAACUAGCUAGCUGGCUAGGUAAGCUAACCUGCUUAGCGAGACCAAGACGCCGAGUUUAGUCACAAGCCAUGGACAACGCCGAGGAGGACGCCCUGCAGCUUCACGGGGACGAAGAGAUCAUCGAAGUCAUCGACCUGAGCGAUGCAGAGCAGACUCCAGAUGACCUCGCUGAGGAGUUUGAAGACGUGGAUUUUGCGGAUGCUGGGAACCAAGACCCAGAUGAUGAAGGCUGGGAGACUGAGGAUGAGAUGGAAGCAGAGCAAGAUGACAGCGAGCUCACGUUCUCUAAGCACACAGGUUCUGUCUUCUGUGUCAGGCUGGACCCAGCGACAAAUAACCUCGCCAUCACUGGCGCCGAGGACGACAAGGCGUAUGUGUGGAGUGUCUCUGAUGGGGAGGUGCUGUUUGAAUGUUCAGGCCAUAAGGACUCUGUUACGUGUGUAGGGUUCAGCCAUGACUCAAAGCUGGCAGCAUCCGGUGACAUGAGCGGUCUGAUCAAAGUGUGGAAAGUUGAGACGAAAGAGGAGAUCUGGUCAUUUGAAGUAGGAGAUCUGGAGUGGCUGCAGUGGCACCCCGGUGCACCGGUCUUGCUGGCAGGUACAGCUGAUGGCAAUGUGUGGAUGUGGAAGAUACCAAGUGGAGAAUGUAAGACGUUCCAGGGACCUAAUUGCCAGGCAACAAGUGGAAAAAUUCUCCCUGACGGAAAGAGAGCAAUGGUGGGAUAUGAGGAUGGAACCCUGCGCCUGUGGGACCUUAAACAAGGCAGUGCCGUUUAUGUAAUUAAAGGCCAUGAUGGCCACCAGGGAGCGCUGACUUCCAUGGAGUGCAACAAAGAUGGAAGCCUAGUCCUAACCGGAUCAGUGGAUGGACAGGCUAAACUCAUCAACACAUCAACAGGCAAAAUACUGGCCUCAUUCUCAGCUGAGAACAGCGAGGCAAAAAACGCAAUGGAGGAGCAAGAUUCCAACUCGGUGGAGUCUGUAGGAUUUUGUAAUGUGCUGCCCCUGAUAGCUGUGGCGUAUCUGGAUGGCACUCUAGCUAUAUACGACUUGUCCACACACAGUAUUCGACACAGAUGUAAACAUGAGGUUGGCAUUGUCCAUCUACAGUGGGAAGAGUCAUCAGCUGUAUUGGCCACCUGUAAUCUGGGUGGAGUGGUAACACUCUGGGAUGCUCGUUCCGGAAACAUGGUGUCCGAGUAUCAUGGUCACUCAGCAGAGAUCCUGGACUUCACGCUCAACAGAGAGGCCUCCAUGGCUGUGACUGCAGGUGGAGACCACAAAGCCAAAGUCUUCUGUCUUCAGAGGCCUGAUCGGUAGGAACUUUGCCACCUGUGUUCUUCGGACAGAUGCUGCCGUAUCACCUCCUCAGAGAUGGAUCUUACCCUCUGUUUUAGCGAUCGAUUCCAGCUGCUUCUCACUUCUACAGACUGGUGUUUUGACAUAAAUGAUCAGCUACAGUGUAAUUUUUGUGUGAACUGACACUCAUGAAACUACUCACUGGGACAUGACUGGCUUCCGGAGCUGAAGAUGUACUGGUCACUGUGAUUAUUUAGAUACGAACCACAGACUAAUUCAGACAGUGCUUCAUUUGCAUGUAAUAUUAUGUAAAUUCAUUUAAAUUGGAGCACAAUGUGUACCUCAUUGCAUCCUACCAUGUUCCUGACUUUUUGCUCACAAACAUGAGUAGAAAUGGUUUCAAUUUGAUUCUGUUUGACCUCCUGAAGAAAAGACAUGAACCAAUUUAGAGCUUUAGUCUUUUUAUAUGGUAUUAUCAGUACACCUGAAUGUUAUGGUACAAAAGGUUGCCUAAUCACUCAUUUAAUGGCCAGUGUUAUUAUACAGAAUACUCUCAGUGAUGUCUCAUCCUGGGUAUGUAUAGCUGCAUAGAGUAAACAAUCUGUAUUUCUGAAAUUUCUAAUACAGUGGAUGUCACCUCUGGUGGAUGGAUGAUAAAACCAAUUUAAAUAGAACCUGUUUUAAUGUCACAUGAUCUGCACUGGCUGAUUGAUUCUAAGUGAAAGCCAGUUGCACUUUCAGUUGUGAAUUUAUUACAAAAACAACUAUCAGAAGAAAUAGACCAACCAUUUGCAUGCACCCCAUGGUUUCAUUUGCCAAGCUAUCGAUAUGUCUUGUUUAAGGAUUAUUUGCACUCACCUUGCAUAAUAAAUACUGUUUGGUGUGAAAGUUAA